AUGAGCUCGCUACGGUUUCAACUAGAAUUCUGGAAAACCAACGCCACCGAAACCGUAGAAUGUCCUCCCAUAGCACUUCUGCGAACAUGCGAGCAAACUCAUGACGAGCUCUCUAAUAGGCAACCCACACUGUUGGCCUAUUGGGGCAAUAGCUACUAUUGCUAUAAUAAUAUACAUCCUUGGAACUACCAUAUUAAUAAGCGCGAGGAUUAUAAAGCAGCUGGUAGCCAGUCACCACAACAAUAUAGGCACUGCUCAAGAAAUCGUUGUCAUGAACUCCUUCAAUCCAAGAGCCGCUCAGCGUCUCCACAAGAAAGUUCUCUUCAACCACAUCCAAUCGGAACUCUGUAUCAACGCCAGAUACGAAAACAGAACAAUGGAAUGAUAAAAAUCCGACAAAAACCACUCAAAUUGGUGUGCUCGAAAACACUCCUAUUCUUCACACGAGACACGAAGCACAAAAUCUUCCACAAAACAAGAUGUGCAGAGGCAGGAUCCUGUACUCAGAACAGGUGUAAUACCUUGAAACCUCACGAAAACGUAGAGGAACUACAGGUAGCCAACAAAUAUCCGGGAUACUCUGCUUGCGAGCAUACUUGCGGUGGACUAUUAUGUGGAUGCUUUCUGCCUGUACAAGCAUGUUCAUUCAUCAGGGUCGCCCAAAUACCGAUAUCAAAAUCAGUGUAUGAGGUCGUCAGUUGCAAAGACUGGACACCCUUAAUCGAAUUCGAAGUAGAAUUCAAAGUCCAUAAUAUGGAACAACACAGGGAAUUCACUCUCAUGCCAUACGUCACACAAUCGCAUGAAGAGAUAGCUCUCACAGUGAUAUCAAUUCAGAGACCAAGUGCAUCCCUGUUUGAUCAACGCUUUGCAAUCUCACAGGAAGAAGCUCUAGUAAUAACUGCAGCAACCAGAUGGUGUGUAACUGCAAUAGCUACAAAACGCCACAAUUUACGCUCACUCCACGAAGAGCGAGGUAACCUUGCCAUCAAAUCAAGCUUACUGAUCAAUAGUGCGGAAUUCGUCAUAGAACAACAAUGUUCCGUCGAGCUCAGCCUCAGUGAAGGGUUGCUACAGCUGCCAAGAUGUCUUCCAAUAGAACAUCAUAAAUCGCGCUACGAUUUGAUAAAUCUCUCAUCGCGCAAAAAUGCUUUGUGA